GGGCGGGAGCGCGCCAAACAGGAAGCACUGCAGCUGUGAGAAGGUUCUGCCUCUCAUCACAACAACACCUCCACAUCUCUGCUCCUCCUAUGAGUGACCCACCAGGACAGGACCCCUCUCUGCCUGGACGAAGAACAAAAGGCUGAAAACAUGGAGGCAGACAGUGUGAGCAUAUGGCCACGCAUGGAACCCUUCUUACUGGGUGCCCUGCAGGUGGCUCCCUCCUCAAAGCUCAGCUUGCACUAUCUUCGCAAGAUGGCGAUCUACGUGCGUUCACGGGACGGCUGCUUCCCCGUUUUGGGCUGGCCCAUGUGGAGGCAUAUUGCCUGUGGAAAGCUUCAGCUUCCGGAAGACCUUGCGUGGCUGUAUUUCGAGACCUUUGACCUGCUUGUAGGCCACACACCGGAGGAGAGGCUGGAGUGGGCAGAGUUUCUUUCCCAGUGCUCUUCCAAAAGCGAGCUGGAUGAACAAAGGAACAAGCUCUCUGUGGACACACUGCAGUUCCUCCUCUUCCUCUACAUCCAGCAGCUGAACCGUGUGUCUCUGCGCACCUCUCUGAUCGGUGAAGAGUGGCCCAGUCAUCGCACCCGCUCCCCCUCUCCAUCGGACCGGGAGGCCAAGACCAGCUCUCAGAACAAGAACUGGGAUGAUCAGGCUCACCUGUCAUUUGUGCAAAGCCAUCUAGCAGAGAUUCUGGAGCUGCUGGUGGAGCCCGGCCAGCUGUCACAAUCUGGACAGGCCCUCAGAGAUUGCCAGAUAUCCCUGGAGGCCGUGCGGAGCUUAGGCCUGCUCUUGGAGGGCUCAGUCUGUCACGGCAGACCGGUUCAGCCCGUCCACAGGCUGCUGACCAAAGGUCCACUUCAUACACAAUCCGGCUACUCCACGCUCAGCCACUCCUUCCCCCUGCACAAGCUCCUCUCCUGUCUCCAGCAAAGCCUCACGCUCAACCCCUUUGGGAUCACCGCCUGUCUGUGCUCGGGCAAGAAACUAGCCUGGGCUCAACAAGUGGAGGGAUCAAUGAAGAGAGCCAAAAUAGCCCGAAACACCCACACGGCUCCGCCCGGCAGCAAGAUGGUGCUGAUGUCACAAGUCUUCAAACAGACACUGGCUAAAACCUCAGACAAGCUGACCGGUGCCAACAUCAAAAUCCACAGAUGCUCAGAAGCCUUCAUAUACCUUCUCUCACCUCUCAGAUCAGUCAGUGUGGACAAAUGCCGUGACUGCACAGUGGUCCUGGGUCCCGUUGAGACCAGCGUCCACAUCCACAGCUGCCAGAACCUGCGUGUGGUGUGUGUGGCCGGCAGGAUCGCCGUCGGUGUCUCCUCGCGUUGCACCAUCCACGUCUUGACGCCCACCCGCCCUUUACUCCUCCCCGGAAACACAGACAUUACGCUGGGGCCUUUCCACACGUUCUACCCCUCCCUGGAGGAUCACAUGGCCAACGUGGGGCUGGCCGUGGUCCCCAAUGCCUGGGAUCAGCCCUUGCUUCUGGGGACCGAGGGCCUCGUCAACACGUCGUCCAACACGUCGUCCAACCCGGACCCCUCCUGCUACCGCCUGCUGCCCCCGGCCGAGUUCCACGCACUGGUCGUGCCUUUCCAGACGGAGGGCGACACAUGCGAGGUGCCGGGUGGAUUGCCUCCUCCAUAUCAGGCAGCGCUGGAGGAAAAGCAGAGGAAGAUACAGAACUGGCAGAAGACUGUGAUGGAGGCCCGGCUGAACAAGGAGCAGAAGCGUCAGUUCCAGGAGUUGGUGGAGGUCAAGUUCCACGAGUGGCUCCUGGAGACGGGGCACAGGCAGGAACUCGACAGCCUCAUCCCGCCCGCGAUGGCGUCCUUGAGGGACUCCAAUGGGCCCGCAACGGAGACGCCCCAAGUUAAUGACAACAAACAUAUAAGGAAUGGACGGGUGGUGAGACCGUCGCCUCUGGCUUGUUGACUUGUUGGCUUCUUACGGUAGCCACGACAGUGUGAACAAACAGGCUACACGAGGUCUGACACGUAGAGCUCUUAACAAGCAGACCAGUAUGUUUACUGCAAGUAUUAAUGUAGCUGUUGAUACAGCUUUUUAUUGCAGCUUACCUCCGACUCGUUCUUGAGUGGAAGGCCGGUAUGGGCUGCUUUACAAGUCUGAAGAAAAGGGCAGCUAAGUACUUAACAUGUGCAAGCCAAGUAGGGAGUGGAUUGGCAUGUCGUAAAACAACAUCGGAAGAGCUACACACACACACACACACACACACACACACACACACACACACACACACACACACACACACACACACACACACACAAAGGGUGUAACAUCUGCAAAGUCACCACAGGCUUUUUUUAAAGGGACAUUCUUGGAAAAAGCUUUAGAUUAGGGUUUACAUCUGAAUUACAUCUUUUAGAGAUAGAAAUUCUAGAUCUGAGGUGAGGACGGCAGACAUGCCCUCAAAUACGUUCCCUUAAAGCAUCCAUAGCUCUUUAAUGAUUCUCAAAACCGCCAUUUAGACGCACAGUUUGAGAAUUAUAAUCCAUUUAUUUUGUGUAAACAAUUUAGUCUACAUUUAGAGACCAUGGCAGAACUUAAGCUUAAAGCACUUGCAUAUGGUAUCAUCACUUUAGGGAAAGCUGUGGCUCAUAUGUGGUCACGUUCCUGGAGACCCGUAACUGCUGUGAUCACUUCGGCUCUCUUCCAUUUAGCCUGGAGGUAUUUUCAACAUUUCUUCCCAAACUGUGCACACGUAUAUUAACCAAAUGCUUUUUUCUCUUUAAAAAAAAAAAACAACAAACUAAAAAGUUGACACUUGUAUUUAAAGAAGGAGAAUAAAGAUGCAAAAUGAAUGUAGCACUUUGGGUAUUGAGGACAGGUUAGUGCUCCUACAGUUACUAGCUCAGGUCAUAGUAUUUUUUUUUUUGUGUGUGUUGAUAGAAUAUAAAAAAUGGCAAUCAAGUGUUUUCCAUUAUGGGGGGGGGGAUAAAGGAAUAUUAACAUAAUUUAUUGUAGGUACACGAUUGAACCGUCAUAUUCUAUGAAGGUAGAGAGGGGAAGUCAAUAAUACUUCUAAACUGCUGUAGCAUCCUUCAUUACAACUGAAAUAGCAGAUUAACCAAAUGAGGCUGUAUUUAACAAACGUUUUGGUCUGUUUGCAGAAUUGUUGCUUUCUAAAUGUAUGUUUAUUUUUGUAUUAAUUCACCUGUAUGAAUAUGUAUAUUUUAGCAUUAUAGUAAGAUUAUUUUUUCAUAAAUUGACCUUGCCUCCAGAACUUAUUUUAGGUUUUAAUACCUCCAAGUGUACUUCAGCCCACAUAGCUUCCUGUUUCCACCCUUCUGCUCAUGACAGCAUGCUGAGUUUAACAUAACAUACAAUAGAACUGCUGCAGGUGUAUUCAGGGUAUUUGAAUUAGUUAAGGGAAAACUGACUUGAUAAAAACAUGUACUGUUCAAAUAUUAUUACACAAUAGAAUUCUACUGUUUUCAAACAUGCUGGUAUGUGUCUCUUCAUUACACUGUUAAAUGCCUUACUGCUGGAAAGCUUUGAUUUGAACACACAAGCACCUCUAUGCAUUCAAUAUAUGAAGAGCACAAUAUAGUUGUUGAUUGUUAAAAACAAUAAAAAUGAA